CGGGGCGGGGCGGCGGGGCCCGGCGCCGCGCACACUGACAGGCGCUCGGCCAGCAGACGGCGGCCGCGCCGGGGUGCAGAGGCCGCCGCGCACCCUCCCGCCGCCGCAGAGGGAGCCGGCCGGGAGACGGCGUCGCCUCGGCGGGGAGACGCGGAGCGAGCGGCGCUGGAAAGCCCCGGCCGCCCCCACACCUGUGCCCUCCGGGGGCGGCGAGUGGGUGUAGCCGCCGCCGAUCACCUGGGAUCCCCGCCCCGUAGCGCCUCCGCCUCCCGUCCUCGCCCGGCCGGGGAAGGCGCCACCGCCGCUGCGAGCGACCGACCGACCGAGCGCGCUCCGGGUCGGCCGCGGGCAGCAGGGCCGGGGCCCGCGGGCGAAGCGAGGCGAGGCGAGGCGAAGGUUGCGGCGCCGGUGGGGCUCGCCCCCUCCCGACAGCCGGGGCGAGGCGGGCAGGAGGGCGGCGGCCCCCGGCCGGUGGAGCCUGCGGCGCGGGGCGCUGGACCCGCGGCAGGAUGAACCCCAAUGUCACCUACGCCAGUCGGAAGCGGCGGAAACCUGUGCAGAAAAUAGUAAAGCCAUCCCCAGCUGAAGGAGUCAAGUCCAAUCCAUCCAAGAGACACAGGGACCGCCUGAAUGCGGAGUUGGACCGCUUGGCUAGUCUUCUGCCUUUCCCUCAAGAUGUUAUCGCCAAAUUGGAUAAGCUGUCUGUGCUUAGGCUUAGCGUCAGUUACCUGAGAGCCAAAAGUUUUUUUGAUGUUGCAUUAAAAUCUUCUAACUCUACAAGACCAGAAAGAAAUGGCAUUCAGGAAAACAGUAGGACAGCAAAAUGUGGAGAAGGGAUGCAGAUCCUGGAAGGAGAACUCUUACUGCAGGCAUUAAAUGGUUUUGUAUUAGUUGUUACGGCUGAUGCUCUGGUUUUUUACGUCUCUUCUACUAUCCAAGACUACUUGGGGUUCCAACAAUCUGAUAUUAUACACCAGAGUGUAUUUGAAUUGAUUCACACAGAAGACAGACCUGAGUUUCAACGACAGCUACACUGGGCAUUAAAUCCUGCCCAGUCUGCAGAUUCUGGACCGAGUGUACAAGGAGAUAAUGGCUUUUCACAGCCAGCAACCUAUUAUAACCCAGACCAACUUCCUCCAGAGAAUUCUUCCUUUAUGGAAAGGAAUUUCAUCUGCAGGUUACGAUGCCUCCUGGAUAAUUCAUCUGGGUUCCUGGCUAUGAAUUUUCAAGGACGAUUAAAGUUUCUCCAUGGACAAAACAAGAAAGGAAAGGAUGGUGCUACAUUGUCUCCUCAGCUUGCUCUGUUUGCAGUAGCUACUCCCCUGCAGCCACCAUCUAUCCUUGAGAUACGAACCAAAAACUUCAUCUUCAGAACUAAACACAAACUGGAUUUCACACCUACUGGCUGUGAUGCAAAAGGAAAGAUUGUCCUGGGAUACACUGAAGCAGAGCUGUGUAUGAGAGGAACAGGAUACCAGUUUGUUCAUGCAGCUGAUAUGCUUUAUUGUGCUGAAAAUCAUGUCCGAAUGAUGAAGACAGGUGAAAGUGGAAUGACUGUAUUUAGGCUUCUAACCAAAGAAAAUCGAUGGGCCUGGGUACAGGCAAAUGCACGUCUUGUCUACAAAAAUGGAAGACCGGAUUACAUCAUUGCUACGCAAAGACCUCUUACAGAUGAAGAAGGGGCAGAACAUCUACGGAAGCGUAACAUGAAGUUGCCCUUCAUGUUUGCCACUGGUGAGGCUGUGUUAUAUGAGGUAUCUUUCCCUAUGUCGAGCCUUGUGGAUCCCUCUCAGCUGAAGAAUAAAAGCACGACGGGAAAAGGAGCCAAAGCAACGCUACACAAUGAUUCUGUGGAUCCAAACUCCCUCCUAGGUGCCAUGUUAAGGCAAGAUGAGUCUGUGUAUCUCUGCCCUCCAGCAUCACAUAAACUUUCCUUUGAGCGGAACUUCUUUGCAGACAGCAGGGAUGAACUGGGUGGUGGUGUUAGCAGCAGCUGGACAGAUAAUCUCCUACCUGCUGGAAAUCACAACGUUCUCAAACGGGAACUAAUGGAGUGUUCCCAGGACAGUACUAUUCCACUUCCUGAAGACAGUGCAGCACUCUUUCAAGAUAACAAAACCAGCGAUUUGUACGGCAUCAUGAAAAAUCUGGGUAUUGACUUUGAAGACCUAAAGUGUAUUCAGCAGGAUGAGGAGUUUUUUAAAACUGAAUUAGCUGGUGUGGAUGAUAUUGGGGACAUCGACAUAACUGAUGAAAUCCUGACUUAUGUUCAGGAUUCCUUAAAUAAGUCUGAUUUCUUAUAUUCUGGCUGUAACCAGCAGGAGCCCAUGGUCCAGAAUGACGGUUGCUUGGUACAGCAAGAGUUAGAUCCACAUCAACUUCAUCAGCACCAGAAACAGCUCAUGGAGCAGCAACAGCAGCAGCAACAGCAGCAGCAGCAGCUUUGUCAAAAGAUGAAACAUAUGCAAGUCAAUGGGAUGUUCACAAAUUGGAGCUCUGACACCAGCAUGCCUCUUAGCUGCUCGCAGCAGCAGCCCCAGCAAUAUGUAUUCCCUGGCAUGCAUGCCACUACAUCUGAGUUCUCUUACAAAUCAGAAGUAAAUACUUCCCCUUAUGCAUGUAGGCAAGAGUUUAUUCCUUACAAGCAACCCACAGCGAUGAUGCCACAGCUUUCUAAUUUUGCUCAAAUGGAUUUCCCUGUAGCAGGUUUUGACAGACCGACCUAUUCUGCUUCGUCCAACUUGGAGGAUUUUCUCAGUUGUUUGCAGCAAGUCCCUGAAAAUCAUGAGUGUGGGAUAAACUCUGAGUCGGUUAUGCUAACUCCUCAAACAUGCUAUGCAGGCGCUGUUUCUAUGUACCAGUGCACACAAGAAGCACAGCCCAGCUGCGUGGAUCAAAUGCAAUACGAUCCUAUGAUGGCAAGUCAACAAACGUUGUUGGACAAGUUCCAAAAUGGUUUCAAUGGAGGAAAUGUAAAUGAAGCAUAUCCCUCUCAGUUAGAUGUGAUCAGUAAUACACAGACUGCCGCACAUCUUCAGCCUCUUCAUCAUCCGACAGAACCCAGAUCCUUCUCAGAUUUGGCAUCUAGUGGAUUUAUGUGAUUCAGACCUAGACCUCCAUCUGUGAUUUUGUCUGGGCGUCAGGCUGCUCUGAGGAAAAGCUUGAUAAUUCUAUCUUUGAGCAUUGGACUUUAACAGCUAAAUUACAUUUUGAGAAUAUGAGGUUGGUUGCACUAUAUACUGGUGGAUAUGUAAUCCAAGAUCUGGCUUUUUAGAGUGACAGGUGGAAUUGAAACUUCUGAAUAUAAAUAUGCCUGUGCUGUUUUCCAUCAGAUUGACUGUGUUAUUGCAGUAUGGAUUACAUAUGUACUACAGACUAUGUCAUGCUAUACAACAUAAGAUAAGGCAAAUGGUUUUGUCGUUUAGAAAACAAUUGGGCACUUUACAAAUAGCAUCAAUGGCACAGGGAAGAUGAUUUCACAUGUGGAUUAUUUCCAGACUUUAUUUUUUAAAAACUAUUAAAAAGCUCUGAAUUCAUGAGAAUCAAAAGCACUUAAUUUUAAUGCAUACUAAGCUCUUUAAUCACUUAUAUUUAAAUCCUUUUGUUUUAAAUCUCCAUUUCUAGCACUUUAAUAGAAGGCUUAAUACAAGGAUAUGAUAUGCAACUUCAGGUUUUCUAUGAAACAGACCCCUUGCAUUCCUCCUUUUCUUGUCAACCUUAAGUGCCUCACAAUUUAGCUACCUUGUUUCUGAUGGGAGCUUAUUUUUAGCAAAACUCACUAUAAAUGUCAUCCAUAUUAUGUGAACUUUUAUCUAACAUCUACAGUGCUACUGGCUGUAUUUUUUUUUCCCCGAAGAUAAUUUGUUUAGAGAAUUACUUAAUUCUUUAUCUGUGGAUUUGUUACACUAUUAACAGGAGUUACUAAUGCUCUGAAUUUAGUUCGGCUAAAGAGUUUUGGUUUAUUCUGUACUGCUUUUCUGCUUUCUUCAGGUAAUACAGGGUAUAUUAAAAAAAGCAGAUUUUGCUGAGGGGGAGGAGCAGAUCCUCAGGAUUAGUUUUAGAUUAUUAAUGCUGAAAAACAUGUGCCUUAUCUUGUGUUAAAACGCUCAUAAUGUUCUUUAGAAAUAAUACAAGGCUGCUCUAUGCAAAUACUUUCAUUAAAAUGGAUAUUGAAAAGGAUUGCAUUUUAAGGGGGAAAGGAAUCUCAAUAGCAAUUGGUAUUGAUGUUUACUUUGACUGCAGUUUUCAAUGUUCGUAAUGGGAAAGGGUCAGUUUUGGUUUAACCUUUAUCCCUAGCAAAUUGCACUGCAACGUACAGAGAGGUUAUUCUUUCUAUGUAUGUUGAACAUUUUAAAAGCUUUGUGCAAAAUAUAAAAUUGGGAAAAGACAAAAGUCAUUAGAGAAAUUCUCCUUGUGAUAAGUUUUAUUUUCAGGAGAAAAAACCCAACAUCCAUGAAAACACUCUGGGGUUUUGUUUUGUUUUUAUCUGAGAGGAUUGUUAGAAUUGCAGACACCAAUGUUUGGUGCAAAAUAAUAAUCUACAUGAAAAAUACAGAAAUGUGUAUAUGUUCAAAAUAUUUCAUACUCUUGUGUGUUAUAUAGUUCAUAUGUAAUAAAAUGUCUUUGUAAAAUAUUUUAAACCAGUUAAAGUGUUACAUCAUUAUAUGUUAAGAACAAUUUUAGUGCAUUUGUUAUAUAUAAUAUAAAAUGGCAAUUUAGCCAGUUUGUUUAAAACAGGCAAAAGUAAAUUGGCUCCCUCUAGACAGAUGUUAAUAUUAUUUAAUACAAAGACAAUCACUUAAAAUUGGAAUCCUUUCAUAGCUGAAACAUGCUUUCUUUGAAGAAGAGCAUAUUUUCUUCCAUUCUGUGUGAUAUGAUAUGCUAGGCCAAACAUCUAAUUCAGUUACAACUUUUCAGAUUAAUAACUUCAGCAGUUCUUUUAAGUGAAAUUACCAUAUAUGAAAGGGACAUUAAGGAUGCAAUUACUGUUCAGGAAAAGCCCAUAAAGACAUUGUGGGUUUUAUUACAAGGUUGUUUUGGUUUUUUUUAACGUUUCAGAUCUUGUUUUCAGCACAAGACAUCAGUUACAGAUUUAGUUAAUAUCAUUUGAAUUAAUUUAUGGAUUCUGUCUUUUUUUAUUGAAGGUCUUGUUUUAAGCCAAUAUCUGAAACGUCUUCCAUUUCUAGCUAGUGUAUUAUGUUUGCAUUUGAGCUUGAAAAUUAGAAAAAUGCUGUAAAACCAGAAGGUUCAAAGGGAUAAUGUGUGUUUUACAUCUUACAAACCAGUAUAUAUCCUGUUUAUGAAUUUAGUUAAACCAAAUACAUGUUGUCCUAUCACUAAGUGCCAAGGAUGCAGUACUACAACUGUGCUGCCCUACUUACUGUAAACAAAUUAGUUGUUUAUACGCAUAUCAGCGUAUUUUGUGCAUUAUCUUAUGCGUACAACAUUGACUGUAUUAGUGCACUCUUGAUCUGCACCAAACUGUAGCUACAGUGCACAGAUGUUUCUGAAUUGGAUCUCUAUUAGCCCUUCAGGUCUGUUAUAAGUAAGAUUAUAUCCCAGUGUUAGUCAGUAUUACUAUCCAUUUUUGUACAAGUUUUCUUAGCUUGUUUUUCUUUCCAGUUCUUAUCUCUCCUUUGCUAUGCCUGCACAUACCAUGCAAUAUACCUCUUGCGUUAAGGUAUGGUUUUGUUGCGCUCUUGCUCAUCUCCAAUAAAGUUUGUAAGACAUAAUAUAUGGUAAUAAAAUAAUCACUUGAAUGUAGCUGAAAUGUAUGUUCUUUUACUGCAAAAAUGUUUGAUUUCAGCAGUAUACAAAAAAUACAUGAUCAUACAGUUACUAAUAUCUUUUGAGAGCUCGUCAUCUAAUAGUUUACAAAAGUUGUUAUUUACGUCACUGUGGACUUUGCACUUCUCUGAAUAUUAGAUGCAAAUACAAUGUAUAUAAUUUAGAGUGGUGAACAAAUGUGUAUUUGUCCAUGGAAUUAGUAUUUUAUACCUGCAUGAAAAUGAGUUUAUAAAUAAACUUUGUAAAUAGUAAGCCACAA